CACAGCAGCUCGAACGAAAAGAAAGGCAAGCUGCUGAUUUCUGUAGUAAACUGAAAAGCAAUGUUCGCUCUGUAGCGCAUGACAAACGAAUGGUGUGUACAGUAUGGCUGGAGCUAAGUUUCAGUACGAUGAGAGUGGAAGUACAUUCUUUUACUUUUUACUGUCUUUUGAAGCUUUAGUUGUCAUUCCUUGCACCUAUUAUUUUUGGCCCAGAGCAUCCGGAAAACCGGAGCAGAAACGUGACAAAACCCUCUGUCAUUGUGAAAACUGCAGCAUAAAAAACAGUCGUUUACGUUCCCGGGAGCCAUGGAGGAAAGCCAAGCAACGUUUCAUAAAAUUUCUACUACUGAUUGGUUGGACUGCUUUCUUUCUGACAGCUUACAAAGUGGCUCAUUUACAACAUGAUUAUGUAGCUUACGACCCAUUUGAAAUUUUACAAAUAGACCCGGCCUCAUCCAUGGCUGAAAUCAAAAAAGCUUACAGGCGUUUAAGUUUAAUAUAUCACCCUGACAAAGAAACAGGAGAUGAAAAACAAUUUAUGAUGAUAGCAAAAGCUUAUGCUGCCUUAACUGAUGAAGAAGCAAGAAAGAAUUUUGAAGUGUACGGCAAUCCUGAUGGACCUGGAGCAACAUCAUUUGGAAUUGCGCUGCCUUCUUGGAUUGUGGAGAAAGAAAACUCUGUUUGGGUUCUUGGAUUGUAUGCCCUUGUUUUUAUGGUGGCUUUGCCAGUUGCAGUGGGUAUCUGGUGGUAUCGUUCAGUGAAGUUUGGCGGUGAUCAAGUUCUCUUAGAUACAACUCAAUUAUAUUACUAUUUUAUUUAUAAAACUCCACAUAUGAUAUAUAAAAGAGUGAUUAUGAUUCUGGCAGCCUCUUUAGAGUUUGAGAAAAGCCACAACGGAGAAGUCGUGGAGCGUCCCAGUGACAACGUCGAGGUGCCACAACUCAUUAAAGACCUUCCCAACUUGGGAGAAAAGAAUAAAGAGAAACCACUUUGCUUCGGGUACAGCAUCAAGGCUAGAGCAUUGAUUCAUGCGCAUCUGUCCAGAAUGAAGCUUCCACCUAAUACACUGGAUGAAGAUCGUUUGUAUAUUGUGAAAAAGUGCCCCUACCUAUUACAGGAAUUCGUCCAGUGUGCCUCACAGUUAACAAUGUUAGCCUUGACUGGCAGAAUUUCCCGCAUGCCCAAUCUGGACACGAUGGAAAAUGCCAUGAAAUUGUGUCCUUGCAUUGUGCAGGCUCUGUGGGACAAUAAGAGCCCUCUUUUGCAGCUGCCCCACAUCACAGAAGAUAUGUUGAGGCAUUUCACCACCAGGAAGCGCAAUAUCCGCAGCAUUCGAAACUUGGCGGCCAUGAAGGCUGAUGACCGUCGGGCAAUGCUCCGUAGCCUAAAUGAUGACCAGUAUGACGAUGUCAUGAAUGUCAUUGCAAAAAUGCCUGCAGUAGAAGUAGAAGUAAAAUCUGAAGUGCUGGAUGACGAAGAUUCCUGUACAAUUACUGCAUGUGCGAUCGUCACGGUGACUGCCACUCUCUAUCGGCGGAACAUGUCAUCCCUGUUCGAUCAAGAGCCCAGUCACGAAGUUGAGGCAUCUGAAGAAACUAUUGAAGAUGAGCUUACCACGGCGUUGACGAGCGAGGCUUCUCCGAAAACUAAAAAGCCAAAAGUAUGGGAGAAGCAGAAGAAAAAGAAAGGUAAAGGUGGCAAAGUGAAAAAGAAAGCUACAGCUUCUACUAUGUCCAAGGCAACUAUACCCACCAAAAAGACUGCGAACGGUGUCCCUCCGAACAAUGGAAUUUUACCUCAAGUCAAAGUAGAAGAGAAGUCUAAGCCUGGCAAGGAAGUGGCCAGGGAUUCUGACGAGAGCGCAGUGGGCGAGAGCGAUUCAGAGUCAGAUAAUGGAUCUAGUCGCUCAGGAUCGGAAGAAAGGAGGGAGGAGAGGAGUCGAGAAGAGGAGAGGAAUGACAGAGUGGAGGAGGAUGGAGAGGAUGCGGAAUGGGAGCGCUUCCAAGAUCGGGUGACCAAGAAGGAGAAAGUCCUGGAGACCAAAUCGAAGAGAUCACACACUGUGCAUUGCCCUUAUUUUCCAGAGGAUAAGCAGGAGUAUUGGUGGUGCUAUUUGGCUGACAAGAAGAGGCAUGCCCUCAUCACCAUUCCAUAUUUGGUUACGAAUCUAGUUGAUACUGAGGAGGUAGAACUCAAGUUCACUGCUCCUCCUCGACCAGGGAUGUAUACUUAUUCUGUCAUCGUCAGGAGUGACUCUUACAUUGAUUUUGAUGUCAUCAAAACGAUAAAACUGGAUGUGAAGGAAGCGAAGGAAAUCGAUCUGACAAAAGUACAGUGGGAUGUCUCCGAAGAAGAGGAGGAGAAGGAUGAAGAAGAGAGCGCUGUAGAAGACUCCGAUCUUGCCUCAGACGAUGACUUAGAUGAUGAGUGAUGAGCGCUGGAAGCUUAACCUUCUUUUAUAAAACAAAUUCAUAAUAAUGAGCUCGGGACUUGCUGGGCAGCCCGAGAAUUAAAGGAGCGAAAAUACUAAAUUUGGAUUUGUUUUCCUGAAAGAGAACAUCAUAUAACUCACAUUUGGAGGCUUUUAUGUUUGGACUGUAUAAAAUAUUUUUAUUGGAAGAAAAUUUCUUAAUGUACUGACUAAUUUAUUGAAGCCUGAGCAUAUUUUCUAUUGUAUAUAAUGACACUAAAAAUUUAAAAGAUUUUCAAGUUUUGUAAAUUAUAAUUGUGUUAUGGAAAAGAUUAUACUAUAAGGUUCUUUUAUGGCUUUGCCUUCAAACAGAGUAUCCAAUUAAAGAUUUUGCUGUGAAUAUCUCUCAUCUUUGUUAAAAGCAAUAUUUAUAUCAAUUUUAGGGAUCUUGAAUGUGCUAAUAAAUGUUCGUUUCAGGGGGGGGGGGUGUUAUUAAGAUUAAAAGAGCAAUUGGAUUGAAAAUGUGCAUUUUGUAAAUCACCAAAAAAAAAAAACCUCAAGUACUGGGAUCUUUGUAUUAUACAAUGCUGGAAAUAUGGAAUAUAAUAAAGUUAUUUUCUAUG